AUGAACUCGAGUAAAAUUUGUCGGGCCAAUAAAUACAACAACCCACAGUUGAAACUCAUGGUGAACACAUGUGGUCACUCAUUGUGUGAAAAUUGUGUCGAAGUUUUGUUCGCUCGCGGUUCCGGCCUGUGUGUGCAAUGCAAAACACCAAUCAGAAAAGCUAACUUUCGCUAUCAGUUGUUCGAAGAUCCCCUGGUCCAGAAAGAGGUCGAAUUGCGUAAAAAAAUUCUUAGCGAUUUUAACAAGCGUGAAGAUGAUUUCGACUCACUCGAGGAUUUGUUCCCAAGACUCAGUAAUGAUGUGUUAGUUUUUAAUUUGAUGAACGAUAUCGAUGUUGACGAAACGAAAAAAUAUGUCGAACAAUACAAGAAAGAGAACAAGGAUAUUAUCAAGCGCAAUCGUCUUAGACCGGUAUGUUUUGGUAUGAAUACUUAUUUUGUUAAAAAUUUAUUUAUCGUAGUAUACAAUUUACAAUUUACAAAACACAUUCCUUCAUCUUGGGGCAAAUCACUGAUCGUUCCCAUUUUCAAGAAAAAAUGUCGCAAUGACUGUAGAAACCACCGCGGGAGCAGUUUGAUCCCGAUCGUCACCAAAGUGCCAGCUUCGGUUAUACUUCGACGUCUGACGCCUUUCAGAGAGACCAACAUCCGUGAACAGCAAGCCGGAUUCCGGCCUGGUCGUGGAUGUAUUGAUCAAAUUUUUACGUUGCGUCAGAUCCUUGAGCUGCGUCAUGCCCACCGUCGGCCAACAAUCGCAAUGUUCCUUGACCUGAAAGGAGCCUUCGACUCAGUUGACCGCGAUGCUCUGAUGGGCUACUUUCUCCGAAAAGGAAUGCCCCAGAAGUACUUUAACCUACUGAGGUCACUGUAUUCACAUACCUCCAGCCGUGAAAGGGUGUACAACAAUCUAAGUAGGCCGUUCGUUACCAGCAGCGGCGUCCGUCAAGGAUGCCCUCUUUCGCCGUACUGGAGAACGCACUAA